AUGAUGGGAUUUUGCGGCAGUGCUGUUGGGCUUGCAGGGAGUGGCAAGGUGUACAUUGGAGUCAACUUGGAAUUCCCUGGCCUGCCGCUCAGUAAUUCGGUUCAUGCGGAGCAAUUCUUGGUCCUCAAUGCUCUACAAGGUGGGGAGCAGGAGCUGACACGUGUGGCGGUCUCAGAGGUGCCCUGCGGCCACUGCAGGCAGUUCAUGGCAGAGCUCGCAUGUGCGGACAGUUUGCGAUUCCUGCUGGGUGUCAAUGUGAAGAGUGAAUACACACUGGCCGACCUGCUGCCCAUGCGAUUCAAGCCACAGGACGUGCUUGGCGAAGAACCAGGCCCGCUGCUGAUGCAACCACAGCAGCACGCCAUGGCCUUCACACCAGCUUCGACCUGCGAAGUGCAGCGCCGUGAUGGAGACAGGGCGUUUGUGCAGGCUACGCAUGCGGCUGUCGAGGCAGCAUCGAAGAGCUACGUACCGUACACCAGAUGUCCGGCGGGUGUGGGUAUUGUGACGCGAGCAGGCGGUGUCUACAGUGGAGGCAGUGCCGAAAGCGCAGCCUACAACCCCACAUUGCCGCCUCUCCAAGCUGCGUUCGUGAAUGCAGUCGUGGGGGGCAUGGGCUCCUACUCGCAGGUCACCGAGGUCGUGUUGGUGGAGUUGGAGGACGCGGGGGUGAAGCACCGUGACACAACGCGCGUGAUGCUCAAUGGCGUUGCACCAGAAGCCACGUUCACAGUGCUGUUCGCAACCCUGUCGCCAGAGGCGGCGCCCCAUACUAGCGGCGCUUAG